AUGGCCGCAGUGGUAGCAGCUUCCGCAGAACUGCUCAUCAUUGGUUGGUACAUCUUCCGUGUGCUGCUGCAGGUGUUCCUGGAAUGCUGCAUUUACUGGGUAGGAUUCGCUUUUCGAAAUCCUCCAGGGACACAGCCCAUUGCGAGAAGUAUUCAGGUACUCCCUGCAGAAGCUGGCACACACGGUGUCCCGGACCGGGCGGCAGGUGCUGGGGGAGCGCAGGCAGCGAGCCCCCAACUGAGGCCCCAGAUCCCAGCCCUGGGCGGCUGCAUCAUCAGGUGCUCCUGUGCUUCUAGACCAACAUGGGAGCCAGUGCCGCGCAGGAAUGGGGGGUCUCCUGUGCUCUCUCGUCAGAGGAGCACUUGCCAAGGUCAGUGA